GUAGUUUCCGAAAAGUCAUAAAGUUGGUAAGACUAGAUAUUUUUAGUUAGCCGGCGUCGUAUCUGCGUUUAAGAGGUUAGCUUUUUAUAUUUUGAAGAAAUAUUAUUAAAUUUGAAUAUUUAAAUAUGUCGGAAAAACAACUAUCUGUCGUCGAAGCCGAACUAUAUGAUAGGCAAAUAAGAUUAUGGGGUAUAGAAUCACAAGAAAAAUUACGAGCAGCAAAUGUUCUCUUAAUUAAUAUUAGAGCUUUGGGAUCUGAAAUAGCAAAGAACAUUUUACUUUCUGGUAUCAAUUCUUUAACAAUUUUGGAUGAUGGUAUAGUAACUGAUGAAGAGCAAGCGAAAAAUUUCCUCCUCAGUAAAUCUAGUAAAGGCAAAAAGAUUGCAGAAGAAGUGUUACUUAAAGCUCAAGCUCUUAAUCCACUUGUAGAAAUAAAAUCUGAUACAGAUUCGCCCAGUAGCAAGGAUUCCAACUUCUUCAAAAACUUCACUAUCAUAGUAGCUACGUGUAUUAAAACAGACCUCUUAUUGAAAAUUGAUAAAAUCUGUAGGGCUAAUAAUGUCAAGUUGAUUUAUGGGGAUGUUUUUGGAUCAUUUGGAUAUUCUGUAGCUGAUUUUCAAGAUCAUGAUUAUCACGAAGAUCAGGUGCAAAUGAAAAAAAGGUCCCAUGAUGGUGUAGGAAAGACAGAAAAAACAACGGUAAAAGUACAAGGUGUUAUCAAUUAUUCUGAACUGAAUAAAGUCCUCAUAUUACCAAAUACCAAACAAAACGUCGAUACAAUAAAGAAAUUGAGAAGGAGGAACGAAUUGUUUUUCUUGAUGCUGGUUUUAAUGGAGUUCCGCAAUAAGAACAACCGUAACCCUACAGAAGUAUCCUACGAACGAGAUUUGAAGACGCUCAAUUCGAUUAAAAAAGAAGUGUACGAACUCUAUCAAUUCGACGAAUCAAAAUCAAAACUUCCUGCUGAUAUAUUUGAGCAAGUUUUUGAUGAAUUCGUACCGGUAUGCGCCAUCAUUGGUGGAGUUAUAGCUCAAGAGGUGAUUAAAGCUGUAUCUCAUAAAGAAGUUCCCAUAAAUAAUAUUUUUUUGUUUGAUCCCGUUACAUACGACGGUAAAGAAGAAACUAUCGGUGCUUAAGUACUAAAUGUAAUCGUUUUAACUUAUUUUAAUUCUGUAUCAGUUAUGAGUAUGGUAUAUAUAAAACAAAUUUUAUUUCUUUAAAAGUUUUUGGUAAUAUAACAUUUUUGCGUUUAAUUAUUUAAUGUUGAAAUUAAGAUACAUGACUUUCUAAGUAAAAUUUCAAUUUUU